AUAAUAAUUUAGGUUAUUUCAAACAAAUAUGUCUCAGUUGUAAGCACUUUUCAUCGCUGAUUCCACUCGGAUAAACUUAAGUGGUACACCGAGCAGUUGUUGCUAUGACAACUUAGACACACUAACUUUUUGUUGUUGUUGUUAUCUUCGCCAUUGACAUCUUAAACGAAAGGUUUGCUGAUGUCAGAGAAUACAACUGUAAUUUCACAAUGAUUCCACCAGCCGACUCUCUUCUGAAAUACGAUCAUCCUGUUUUGAUCCGUAAAAGCGACGGAAAAUCACCGAAAGUACGUCCUUUGAGAGGAAAACCUGACCAGAGGAUUAACUCCACUCCUUUCCUGCCACCUCCUAAAUCAACGCCAUUUUCUUCUCAACACCAGACUGAGGAGGUCUUGGAUGCCAUUUUUCCACCUAGGGAAUGGGAGGAGGAAAACCAGCUCUGGGUUCAGAAAGUUUCCAGUGCACCUAGUACACGCCUGGAUGUUUUACAGCUGGGGGAACUGUUGGAAAAAAAGCUGCAGCAAAGGGAGGCCAAAGAGACGGGAAUCUGCUCUGUGCGGCGUGAGCUCUACUCCCAGUGUUUUGAUGAGCUCAUCCGACAGGCCACCAUCAACUGUGCAGAGAUGGGUUUGAUGCUCUUGCGAGUCAGAAAUGAAAUUCAAAUGACUCUUGUUGCCUACCAGACGUUGUAUGAAAGCAGUGUGGCUUUUGGCAUUAGGAAAGCUCUGCAGGCUGAGCAAGGCAUGACCGACCUGGAGAAAAGAAUUUCUGAAUUGGAGAGUCAGAAGCUUGAGCUCAACAAGAAACUUGAGGACCAGAGAGCAAAGUGUGAUGCUAUACAAAAGAGGGAAUCUGAAAAGCGGCAAAUUGAGGCGAAAAAGCACGCAGAGGAGAUUCAGUUCCUGAAGAAAAUUAAUCAGCAGCUCAAGACCCAACUAGAAGGGACCAUUACUUCAAAGAAGUAACUUUGACCAACAACAACAGAGCCGACAAACCAUUCCCUGGAACGAAUUGUUUCCAAAUCUUCAGUACAAAAUAUUUCUGAAUCUCUUCGUGUUGCUUGCAAUAAAUAGAAAUUAUACAUAAACACUGCAAA